ACUGUUUACGGCCACAGCCCCUCCUCUUAUUAAAAAAAGAGAGAAGCGCUCAAAUUUCCUGACUUCCUCUGUGGAGCAGACGUCCUCCCUUCGUCCUGCCGCUCCUCGUACGCCUCUCUGCACAACACAGGUUCACUGGCAAUGGAGGGCGCAGAGCCAGCGGCUGGUGGCGCAACAACAGGAAGACGCGGGGACCCGGGGGCGGACGACGCGGUGCUGAUGUCCAGCAAGCCGCUGCACCGCUUCGUGCAGAGGGAGCCCGGGAGCCUCGGGAUCGUCCUGGUCGUGUGCGGCUGUGCGGAGAUCCUGAUGGGAUUCCACCUGGCCGCCGAACCGCUCGUGAGCUCCUAUAAGCUCUACAUCCCAAUCUGGGAGGGAGCACUGUUUCUUAUCAGUGGGAACCUGUCGAUCUACACUGAGAGACAGCCAUCCAAGAAGAUGGUGACCGUGACUUUGUCCAUGUAUUUGGUCUCCUUCUUUGGGGUCCUCGUCUCCUUCAGCUACAGGGUGAUCUGCUUCAGUUACCUCCACCACACCUCCCCAUGGCGGCAGGGCGAAGAGUGGCUCUUCUACCAAACCAACCAGCUCGUCGCCGUCGAGAGCGUGCUGUUCGUCACCUCCGUGUGCGUGGGCGUGAUUCUCAUCUUCCUGAGCUGCGUUGCCCGUUUGGCACUAAGAUCCACAAGGACCCAGGUCAUUGUCCAUUGCGUCCCAGCGGCACCACAGAGCGAAACCACUACAGACUGAAUCAGCGUUCAAAAUAUCAUUCUGUAACGUCUAACACUUAUUUUCCUGGAUGUUACUCAGCUACUAAAACCUACUUAAAUCAACAAACACGCGCCACGUUCAGGAUAAUUCUACUUGUGUCUACACAUGAACGGUGAUAUAGAUCUGCUGUACAUAUACUGUGAAUGUGUAGAAGACGUGUUUGGGCAUAGACACGUUUAGCUUUGGUUAUUUGCUUAGUGAAUAUGAUUAUUAUGAAACAAAUUUCAUGUAAAAAAAAAAAAUGGGUUGAGUUUUUCCUAGAAUAAAUGCGGAAGUAGUUCAGGAACCGGA